AUGAGCAAGCUCAUUCUUGUCACAGGUUUGGCACUUCUGCUGAAUUCUCACCUGGGUUCUUCCUACCAGCUGAUGUGCUACUAUAAUAAUGUGGCCCGGAACAGGCCAAGACUGGGAAGUUUCAGUCCUGCUGAUAUUGACCCCUGCCUGUGUUCUUACCUCAUCUAUGCCUUUGCUAGUAUGCGGAACAACAAGAUCACCAUGAAAAGCAUGAAUGACUUCACUGACUAUCAAGCUUUAAAUGCCCUAAAAAGCAGGAACACUCAGCUGAAAACCCUCCUGGCCGUUGGAGGCUGGGACUUUGGACCUGCCCCGUUCAGUGCCAUGGUCUCCACUCCUCACAACCGCCAGACUUUCAUUAACUCAGCCAUCAAAUUCCUGCGCCAGUAUGGGUUUGACGGGCUGAACCUGGACUGGCAGUUCCCUGGGUCUCAUGGGAGCCCUACUAAGGACAAGCAUCUCUUCACUGUCCUCGUGCAGGAAAUGCAUGAAGCUUUUGAAUGGGAAGCCUUUGAGAACAAUUGCCCCAGGCUGGUGAUCACUGCCACAGUAGCUGGUGUCAUCACCACCAUCCGCUCUGGCUAUGAGAUCCCCCAACUGUCACACUCCCUAGACUACAUCCAGGUCAUGACCUACAAUCUCCAUGGCUCCCAAGAUGGCUACACUGGAGAAAACAGUCCCCUCUACAAGUCCCUAAAUGACACUGGUACCAACACCUUCCUCAAUGUGGAUUACAUCAUGACCUACUGGAUUGAAAAUGGAGCCGCUCCUGAGAAGCUCAUUGUGGGAUUCCCAGCAUAUGGACAAACCUUCACUCUGAGUGACCCCUCCAACACUGCAAUUGGCACCCCUACUGCUAGUGCUGGUGUCCUAGGGCCCUAUACAGAGGAGUCUGGCAUCUGGGCCUAUUAUGAGAUUUGCACCUUCCUUAACGAUGGAGCCACUGAGGCCUGGGAUGCUGCUCAGGAAGUGCCCUAUGCUUAUCAGGGCAACAAAUGGGUUGGCUAUGAUAAUGUUAAAAGCUUUUAUAUCAAGGCCAAAUGGCUUACACAGAACAACCUGGGAGGUGCCAUGCUAUGGACCCUUGACAUGGAUGACUUCACUGGUGCUUUCUGCAAUCAGGGACAGUUCCCUCUGACCUCUGCCCUGAAGAAUGCUCUCAGAGUGUACAGUACAAGUUGUACGGCCUCUGUUUCAGAUCUUCAGCAAGUAAAUGAUCCUCUAGAAAGUGGAAGUGGGAGCUGGAAGAGAGGCUCUGAGGCAGUAGAUUCUGUGUCACCCAUGCCAAGAGAAUAA